AUGAAGACGCAAAAGGGGGAACAGAAAACCUCAAAAGAGGUGAAGAAGAAAUUGAAAACUCCAUCUUUACAAGAAAACAAGAUUAGAGAAUCUACAGAAUGUUCUAAAAUGGGAAACCGGUUACAUGUUAGCAAACAUCAUGAAAGAAAAACAAGUGCCAUGGCUUACAAGAACCAGAGGUCAGAAAGUAUUGUACAUAAAGUCGGCGAUCUUGUGAAACACAGUAGCAAUCUUCCUAGCUAUCUCCAGUGUGGGGGCAAAACUGGAUAUAUCCAAGAAAAGACUUUUGAUUUUGGAGUUCUUGACUGGAAUCUUCUAGAAAACUGGAAGUCCAACACAAAUCGCAUUACAAAACCAUCAAUCUCCAUCAAUAAUCCAGCACAAAAAAAUAGCUCCAAUAACAUUCUAGUUGCCACUGUGAAAAAGUUACCAUCUGGGAAAGACGAUUCAAGUUUGACUUACACAUUCUACUCUGUUCAUGAAAUCAAGAACAAGAUUUUGGGGCAUAUGAAGAUUUCUAGUUCAUAUCAUGCUGAGUUUAGUGGACUAGAAAGAGAUUUAUUUGUGGAAAGAGAAUCAGUAUUGUAUGAUCCUGAUUUUGGUCAAUCCGAACUUGCUGCCAUUGUUGUCAAGAACACAAGUAAAGAAAAGUAUGGAGGUUUAGGGAGGUCAAAAAGCACAGUGGUUGUUCUUCCUGGAGAUAUUCAUACCUUGCCAAAAACUGGAAAACCUUCUUCUUUGAUUAGCAGAUGGAAAUCUGGUGGAGCAUGUGAUUGUGGAGGGUGGGACAUUGGUUGUGAGCUAAAAGUUCUUACUAAUCAGAGUGAAUCAACUGAAAUUCUAAAUCCAUCUACUUCAGAUUGUGUUCAUCUUUUUUACCAGGGAAUGGGGAACAACAAAUGUGCUUUUAGUUUGGCUUCACUUGAGAAUGGUGUUUACUCAGUGGAAUACAAUGCAUCAAUAUCUUUGUUGCAAGUAUUCUCCAUUUGUGUUGCAGUUGUAAGUAGCCAAAAUUUAACUCAUAUUUUCCAAGUUAAUCAUUUUCAAGAUGUAUUUGAUUUCAGUAAACCCAUAAUUGCAAGACAUCGGAAAGUCAAAAGUCAAACCACUGUACAUAAUAAAAUACCACCUGUCUCACAUAUUGGGAGGGUAUAG